AUGGCGGCCGUCGAAGCUCGAAGCGCACGCCCAGCCGCCGAACCACCGGCGAGCAGCGGUAGACGUCUCAACUUUGGUUCUCAGGAGAUACGAAAUCUCUCUGCGUCGCGCACUAAUGCCACACGUCUUGCAGACAUCAUUCACUUUGAUCAACAGGCGCGUGGCGACUCCUUGGACUCGAGACAUGCAGAUGUCUUCAUCGCUCAGGUACACGAGUGCGAAGGCACCUUGGCGCCGUUUAGGUGAGCAGUGCUCCUCCUCUGCGGCGCUGGUGUUGUGGAUGCGCGCAGCAGUACUAGACUAACAUCCCGCUUGAUCACACGCCAACCUUGUGCUUUGUCAGCGUCACCAAUACGGUGGACAGCGAGGUCCUUCCGCCCUUGGAGUUCUGCUACACGGACGCCAUCAUCCAAAGCACGAAUGUGCCUGCCGCGCAGCACCCUCCCGUGCUUCCCAAGGGCUGCUCGUGCGACGACGAUGUCUGCGACCCCAAGCACUGCGAGUGCCGUCAGAUUGGGCGCGAAUUCGAUCCGACCUGGUCCAACUUCGCUGCCGAUGCAUUGUGAGUUGCAUGUAUGCAUGGGCGCGAAUCCUCCCAUAGGGUGAGGUUGUUCGUCCUCGCGUUGUUCGCGAGACGUCUGACCAAGCUCAAGCGGCAACGCCCUGCGUUACCUUCAUUGUUCGCGUCAUCUUGACGUUUCAGCGCCUACCAGGCCGAUGGCAUUUUAGCGGAAGGUCCCCGACAGUACCCAGGCACCACCAUUUGGGAGUGCAAUGAAAAUUGCGGUUGCAGUAUCGAUUGCCCGAAUAGAGUUGUCAGCAAAGGCAGAAAGGUCUGGCUCGAUCUCUUUAAAACAGAGGGGAAGGGUUGGGGUAUCAGAAGCCCAAGGGCUCUUGAGCGUGUAAGUAUUAUUGAAUCACUCAGCGAGCUGACUUGGAUGACAAUCACAGCUGAGUGAGUCUCACCUCUCUUCAUUUCGUCUUUAAGGGCACUUUUGUGCUGCACUAUGCUGGCGAGUUGCUGACAUAUGACGAGAGUCAGGAACGAAGCGAGCUGUACGAGGAGAUCGGCAAUUUGUACACGUACGACAUAGACACUUGGUGGGUCCCAAGGCAGAUCUACUAUCAGCCCUUUGAAGAUGAGAUUGUGGCCAAAGCGGGCGCAGGUGAGAGGGGCGCACAGGCCCUGCUGGCUAGGAAGAGAGAAGUCAUCGGUGCCGAGUACGUCAAGCGCGAGCAGGGAAUCGUUAAAAGCGAGUACACAGAUGACAAAGAGCAAGUCGACGUAUCGUCGAGCGAAGCAGAAGAAAUUUGGGAACGAUUCAUACGCGACAAGAUCUCUUCCAGAGACGAACCAUUUACGCUAGAUGCAGCGCUCUGGGGCAACCUCAGCCGAUACUUCAACUCGUCAUGCGAACCAAACAUGGCCACGUACACCGUGUAUACAUGUAAGUGUCGUCGUGGCUAGAUCCGGAUGCUCAAAUCUUAUUAGAGACCGGCUCCCCUCGACGCGCUCACUGAUCCUCCGUGUCGUCACUGCAGCCACUCGAGAUUUUCGAAGGCCGCUCUUGGCAUUCUUUACCACUCGAGCGAUUGAAGAGAAUGAAGAGCUCACCUUUUGCUAUUCUGGUCAGUCACAAGAAGAGGCAGAGGAGAUGACAGAUGCUGUGCAGCGCGACAAGGCUAUAGAAGAACUUGCAGAUAAGCCCGUGGGGCAGGAAGUCGGUGUCAAUUCCAAGCUGAGCGCAAUCAGGUGCCUGUGCGGCACGCGCAAAUGUAAGGGUUUGCUCUUCAGAAACAACUGA